AAAAUGGAUGGAGACAAUCACACUGUUGUGUCAGAAUUUGUACUCUGUGGACUUGCCAACUCAAAGAAUCUCCAGGUGUUACUCUUUCUGAUAUUCUUAAUACUUUAUCUACUCAUCAUAUCUGGAAAUAUUGUCAUCCAAAUCUUAAUAACCACUGACCCCCAUCUGCAUUCUCCUAUGUACUUCUUGCUGGCCAACCUGUCCUUUGUUGAUAUGUGGCUCUCCUCAAAUACCACUCCUAAGAUGAUCAUAGACUUUCUCAGGGACAACAAGACCAUUUCCUUUGCAGGAUGCAUGUCCCAGGUCUUUCUUUCCCAUUGCAUUGCUGGAGGAGAGAUGGUAUUGUUGGUGGUAAUGGCUUAUGACCGCUAUGUGGCCAUCUGCAAACCUCUCCACUACCUCACCAUCAUGAACCUGAAAAGAUGUACUGGGUUGGUGUUGACUUCUUGGACAAUUGGCUUUGCACAUGGUAUAAGCUACUUUUUAGUGGUUAUGAAGCUACCUUUCUGUGGUCCCAACAAGAUAGAUAGUUUCUUUUGUGACAUGCCACUGGUACUCAAGCUAGCCUGCAUGGAUUCCCAUGAUUUAAAUAGUUUAAUGAAUGCUGAAUGUGGGGUUUUGGCUGUAACCUGUUUUAUACUGUUGCUCAUUUCCUACACAUAUAUCCUCAUCACUGUUCGCCAGACUUCAAAAGCUGGAGCUUCUAAGGCUAUGUCCACAUGCACUGCACACAUCACAGUGGUAAUGAUCUUCUUUUUGCCCUGCUUCUUCAUCUAUGUGUUUCCCCUCAAUAUUACCUGGUUGGACAAAUUUCUUGCUGUAUUUUAUUCUGUUUUUACACCUCUCUUAAACCCAGCCAUUUAUACACUGAGAAAUAAAGAGAUGAAAAAUGCUAUGAAAAGGUUCAUUGGCAAAUUUCUGGGUCCAAAGGGAUAUUCCUAAU